AUGGGUCUUUCCACAUCUAUCCCCCGCGGGAGGAAGAAGAGGAAGCGAGAGUGCCGCUCUUCAGCUGCCUAUGAAGGCGAUUGGAGCCAAGAUGAGAAAUAUGACUCUGAAGUUUACCUUGACCCCAUCUAUCGAAAGCAUGCAAAUAGACAAGCUAACAAGGUGCUCUUGAGAGUGAGGCUCCUCUACUUCAUCCAGCAGGAAGUUAUUGGCGAAUGUGGCCCCCUUGUGGUUGCUGGCACUCAUCAUACGGAGCUGCCAGUCAUUCCUCCACCCUGUGAUAGUCCCCCAGUGAGUUGGUGGGACAGUGAAGCUGACAAGUGUCUACUGUUAGGUGUCUACAAGCAUGGCUAUGAACGCUUCAAUGUCAUGCGCAUGGAUCCUUGCCUGUGCUUCUUGGCUCGAUGCGGACCUCCAGAUGGUGCAGCUGUCCUGGCUGAAAUGACCAAUGGGCAAGUCAUCUUAUUUCAACCUCCUCUAUGUUCAGGCGGAGAUGAAGAUGGAGACAAAACAAGUGCAGGUGGAGCUCUUGAUGAAGAAGAGGAAAGUCUUGCUGAGUCUACAAGUACACGAGACGAGUCAACAUCUGUGUCAGCUACUGCAACUCCGACACCCACUCCUACCCCGACUUCAGUUGGGGAAGAAGGUCGUUUUCCCUUCCCCUCAGCCACAGAUCUCAACAAUCGCAUUCGCCGACUUGUUACUUGCUACCAACGCAGUUACAAGAAGGAAGAAAUGCGACUUGCUGCCAGAGCCAGGCGAAUGGAGAGGCAAGAGAGGAUGGAAGCUCUAGUCAGAGAAAGGGAACUGAAGCGUUUGGAGCUGCAGCAACGGCGUUGGAGCAAGAGAGAGGAGGCUGAAUUUCAGCGGGUCAUCGCUUCCUAUGGAGUUGACUAUGAUCGGAAGGAGAAACGCCUCGACUGGACUCGAUUCAGACAGUUGGCACACUUGGAUCGGAAGUAUGAUGAUACCCUGAAUGAAUACUAUCAUGCCUUCAUGGCCAUGUGCAAGCGAAUGGGUGGGAGGAAGUUAACACCAGAAGAAGUAGAACUUUUGCAAAUGGUUGUUGAGCCAAUUCCUGAGGAUCGGGCCCGUCGUACCCUGGAGACCAUGGAGCUCCUCAUUCGAGUUCGUGAAGAGAUCCUCCCAGACCCAAAGUUAGAAGAGAAACUUCGAGACUUAUGUCAAGUAUCUGGAGAUCUUCCUGACUGGUGGAUCUGUGGCAAGCAUGAUCUGGAUCUUCUGCUUGGUGUUGCAAGGCAUGGCUUCUCACGCACCGAUUAUUACCUGCUCAAUGAUCCCACCUUGUCUUUCAAAGAUGUGCUUCGAAGGUUUAUGAGUGGUGAACCACUUUUAGAUGAGGCACUCAAAAACAAGUGGAAGCCUGAAGAAAAGAAGGGAAGGGCUAAGGAGAAGCGGGAAGAAAGAAACAAAGGGAAAGAGAAAGAAGCCAAGGGACAGAAUGGCCAGGAACUUGUGAAGGAGCUAGAGGAAGAGGAGAAGGUAACAAACAAAGAUAUUGAUGAAAAAGUGGAGGAAGAAAAAGAAGUUGAAGAGAAUAGUGAAAAGGGUGACAGAAGUGAAGACAAAGAUUGUGUGGAGAAGCAAGAUGUUGACAUGAAGGAAAUCGAUGAUGCCGAUAAAAUUGAUGAAGAAGUAGCAGAAAAGCAGGAGGAUCAAGUUGCAGAAAACAGAAACAUAGCAAAGGCAGAAGAAGAAGAGGAGGAGACAGAUAAGGAUGUAGAUGCCGGAAAAGUAAAGCUGGAAGGAACAGAGAAGGAUGUUAUAGGAAAAGCUGAGGAAGAGGGGACAGAGAAGGAUGUGGUUAUAGGAAAAGCUAUGGAGGAAGGGACGGAGAAGGAUGUGAUUAUCAAAAAAGCUAAGGAGGAAACAGAGAAGGAUGCUGUGAUAGAAAAAGCUAAGGAGGAGGGGACAGAGAAGGAAAGUGGGAAAGUAAAUGAAGAGCAUGUACAGGAAGGUUGUGUGGCAGUGAAAAUGGAAGAGAGUGGCACAGAAAGUGAGGGGAAAGUAUUGAAGAAAGAGAAAGAAGAAAAGCUAAUAGCAAAGAAUCCUGCACUCUCAGCUGCAGUUGGGAUUUCCUUAGAUUUCUCUCAACCUCUGUUGAGCUUGGCUCAGAUGGAUGAAGCCAUUGGCCGACAGUCAUAUUUCUCAAGUGACCCAUAUGGAGAUCCUCUCCUGUCACAUGCCAGCACAUUUGGGCAAGCCAUUCGAUGGCCUCGAGAUAGAAUCCUACAGAUUCGUGUUGAGCAUAUCUCUAAGGCCUUGGAGACAGAUGAAUGGCCUGUACCAAAAGGUUAUACAUCUGGAUCCAUUGAUUCAACACCUGAUGCUACCCCUAGGAGAGAUACUUCAACUCCCAUGUCCAGUGCAAAGUUACGAGCUCUGCUGAACUUUCAUCACCUUUCAAUGUUGUCACCGAGUGGAACAACUGCUUCCCCACGGUCAGUGUUAGAAGAAGAGCCCCGAGUUCCAGCAACACGAGAACCUCUUUCAAGUCCAUCCCAUCAGCAGCAGCAGAUACAGCUUCAACCUCCUCCAGCCCAUCAACAUCCAAAAACGACAGUUUUGGCUCACAUGCCUAGUGGAAUGUUAGACUUGAGCAUGAAGAGCACAUCAAACACCAAUGCAGCAUCUCCAUCUGCCACUGGUUCAUCUUCCACUCCAGUUUUGACAUCAUCUGCUCCUAUGGACUUGUCCAGCUUCAGUAAGCAGAGUAGUGGGAGUCAUGCUAGCAAAAAUCUGAAAGAGGCAAGAAGCUCAGCAGCAGGAUCAAAGCUUCAGGAUACUCUGGACAAGUUACGUCAGCGCAAGAUGGAAUCUGUGACCAGCUCACCAGAAAAAGAGAAAAAGAGGAAGAAGUUGGAUCAAAUUGUGAUGGGACUAUGUGCAGCAAAAGGUGGAAACAGUGCUUUGGGGAAAGGAGGGAAUGAGGAUCAAGCUGAAGGAUGUAAGUCUCCAUGGGGAUCAGUUUCACAGAAAGAGGGAAAGGAGAAAGGCAAGAACUUGGGAGAUCUGGGGAGGUCUUCUGUCACUAUCACUCCCAUUCCUCAAUCUCGUUCCUCAUCGGAACAUCUCAAAAUGGAAAGCAAGGAAGCCAAGGUGAAUCGUUGGUUAGCAGAGCAAUUGCACAUCACCCCAGAUCGACCCAGUAGCCCCAGCUCAUGGUUGGAUGGCUCACGUCGAUCUAUGGCAUCUCCUGGGUUGACCGGAAACAACACAACCAGUGCUGUUGGGCGACGGCCUCGAGUUGAUCCCAAUGCCCUUGACUGGAAUCGCCUGACUGGUGAAGAAAAUGUUGCUGUCAUCAAUCGACUCACAGGGAAAAAAAUCACGGGAGGCAAGGCUCCUCAGCUGAAACAUCUAGCUCAAUGGCUUUUGGAUAAUCCUAUGUUUGAUGUGGAUCCAAAGUGGGCAGAAUUGGUCCGCCUGAAAGGAAAUCUUCCAGAUGAUCUUCAGAGACGCAUUUCAUUGGAGAAGAAGAAGGGUCCAGGUUUCAGCAUGCCUUCAAUUCCAACACUCGGUGAUCUUUCCUCCCUGGCUGAGUCAGCAGCAGCUGUUGGAGCUGUUUCCUCAACAACUGGAAGCCACUCUCGAGACAAGGACAAAAGUGGGAAAGGGAGUGGGACUGGAAGCAAUCCCAUGUCCUCAUUCCUCUUUCCACCACCUGGUUUCAUGUAUAAUCCUCUGGCUCUAGGGACAAUGGGUGGAUUUUCUCUCCCUCCUGGGUUCCCUAGCACACUCCUUAAUGGACUAAAUCCAUGCAGUGUCUCAUCUUCAUCAGCCAUGGGGAGUCUGAGUUCUCUUCACUCAAUGGCCAAAAGUGGCAGCACAUCAGCACUCACUAGCUCGAUUCCAGACUUUCAUAUGGGAUCUGGGAAGUACCAGUCGGGGACAAAGUCCUCGCGGACUUCCACAACAACUGCACAUCCAUCAAUUGCUGCCACAUGCUUGAGUGCAGCCUCAAGUCAUAGUCACAAUCAGAAAACAGGCAACAGUGGCCCAGGAAGAAGUGGGGUCACUGUGGCAACUGGGGACAGUGACGAUGAGAGUCUCAAGAGUUUGAUGGGGAAUCAUGAUGAUGAUGAUGAUCUCGGCCCUGAAGAGAGUGAGAGUGAGAACAAGAAUGUGGAACGAGUUGUGCUGAAAGAGAGUAAGGAUUUAGAAAAGGAAGUGGAAGAACAGCGAAGAAAUUUGCUACGGGAAAUACGUGGAGAACGCAGUGGACUGACCAAAGAAGAGAGGAAUCUCCUCCGAGAGAAGAAGAAGGAAAGGCUCCUCAAAGAAAGGACUUCACCCCGUGGUGAAAAGGGAAAGCACCGGCAUGAUGCUCCAACAUGA